AAAAGAAAUACAUUUUUCCCGCUCAAUUAACCUUUACAAAAAUUCACCGCCACCACAAAACCCCGCCACAAACCUUUCCACGUCCCCAGCUAGGGUUUCGAUAACUCACCUCAAACGCUUCAAAAAUCUCGAAAAUUAGGGUUUUAAACGUUGCUCCGAACACAAUGGCUAGCUCCAUUACCGAUGAUCACGAAGAUUCGGCUAUGGACAUAGACCACCGAGUGGAGGACGAACAAGAAGAUCCGUUUCUUCUAUUCAUCGAUUACGCGAAGUCGGUGUUAUCGCCCGACCAAGACGAGUCGAUAGGGCCGGGUUGGUCCUGGACCGCGUCUCGGAUUCUCAAAAUGUGCACUGCUUAUUCGAGCGGAGUCACCGCUGCGAUUCUACUCUCCGAUCUCUCUCAGGCGUGGAAUGAGCAGCAGAAGAUUGGUGCUUCGAGGAAACGGCCAGAAUGCAUUAAUGAGCUGAAGAAGAAACAUAAGAGAGCAAAGCUUCUGAACACUGUCACGAUUGAUUCUAUUUACGAGAAGAAUUUCUUAUCGUUGAAUAGUGUUCUCGAAGCUGUUAUUGUUGAUGCUUUUCUUCUUCCAGGUACAAAUAUCUACAUGCUUACUUUGGGGGAUUUUUGGAGCUCUAACACUAUUGAUCUGUAUCUCCACCGUAGAUUUUACAAUUUGGCAGAUCUUAGCAAUGGGAUUCUGAAGAAAGGAAGGGAGAUUUUCCUUACUGGAUGCUACCUUCGACCUGGCUCUGGAGGAUCCGGUAAUCCUCGACUUCUGCCAACUGAACAUCUGGUCACACUCUUAGAUGAGGAUCAAGAUGAUGAUGCCAUGCUUCUAGCAGCGCAGUUUUGUUCUGAUUCUUUUUCUUCCAUUUCCCUUGAUGCAGUCAAUCAAGGGAUCUCUUAUUCACUCUAUGCAAGGAUCGCGUCUAUUGGGUCACUUGAAAUUCAGGGAAAAUAUGGAGGUGUCCAAAGAAAAGAAAUCAUUCUUGUCGAUAAUGAUGGCUUCAGGGUAAAAUUUCUAUUGUGGGGCGAGCAGGUCCUUCUUGCCAAUCUUUUUGGUGUGGGGAGUAUGCUUGCUCUUGAUAGACCAUUUGUCACAAGUUCUGUUGACACCACUAUGGACACAUGCGGAGAAAUUUGUCUUGAAUAUGGCAGUGCUACACAGUUAUAUUUGGUGCCUUUCAUGCAACAUGAAGAACAAGUAUCUGUAGCAUUGACUCAAAAUCGGCACCAAGGAUCAAAGCUCUUGAGUACAUUAGAUCCUAGUCAGGGGCUCAAAGUUUCUCAAGUUAUCUUGCCUUGUGAUUCUCAAGGAUCCAUUGACUUCAGUAAUUAUCCAUUUCAAACAUUUGUGGUUGAUCUUCGGGACAAGAUGACUAGCAUCAGCUUGUAUGGUGUUGUUACAGACAUCAAUCGAGAAGCUGACGCUGCAGAAGUUGUUUUUUCCUUGAGAAUUGAAGAUACAACUGGAGCAAUUUGGGCUAAGCUGCACUUUGUUAAUUUUUGGUCAUUGGGGAGAGUAGGCCUUGGUCACAGUGUGUAUGUAUCUGGCUUGAGUUGUUCCAUGACAAGCAGAAAACGCCUUGAACUCUUGUGGGUGGAGAAUGAUGGUGGAGCUUCAUUUUUUAACCUUAGUUGUUUGCCAGCAUUACUAAACUCGUCCUGUCUCCACAAAUUAUCAUACCUUUCUGAUUUAUCUAUCCAGAGUAGCAGCACACAUAUAUGUCGAGUUUGGCUGGACCAAAUCGAACAUUGUCAUGUAAAUACAAGAUUCUUACAUACCCUUUGUGGUCAAUUUGUCACCAAGUCACCUGGUGGGAGUUUUGAGUGCCACUUCUGUCGUUCAAGUUGCUGUGAAGCUGAAGUAGCGCGCACUUUCCACUUGAAGAUAACUCUUGCUGAUGAGGGUGCAAAAGUUUUUGCAUGGUGCACUGGUCACACUGCUUCAGAAUUGCUGCAUAUAUCUCCUGAUGAAUUCUGUGAACUGCAUGAGGAAGAACAAAUUAUGUACCCUUCUGCACUCGAGAAUGAAAGGUUCACAGUUGCCCUAGUAAACUGCAGGAGGCAAGGGUGUGGCAGCUUAACUGAAGAACAUGGUGAUGAAGUUAUGUGGGAAAUUACCCGUGCACUCAAGUGCGAAUAACGCCUGGCAUGGGACCAGCCAAUCACUUUCUGAUGUAAAAGCUUACAAAGGUAUGAUGCCAAGGCAUUGUAUAUGUAGUCCAUGAGAAAUUUCAAUCCAAUCCAAAUGGAAUGCCUGUAUUCCUUUGUUGACAGCCAGCAAGUUAUAAAGAUAAGGAAAUACAAUUUCUUGGGUUAAAAUCUUGACAUUGUCCCUAGUCAAGAAUGUAUUAGCCCAUUGAACGAAAUUUGGUUUUGAUGAAUAUCGAAGAGAUUUUUUA